AUGGGUUACCAAAUUUGGAACUCAUCUCAAACAACAGGUGAUAACUUUAUGAAACAAGAAAACUCGUUCGACUCAAAAUUAUCUCUCAAGAAAAAUGUUAGUGGAAAGAAAGGUGGAGGUAAAGAAGGCGGAUCCAAAAAGAAAAAAUUAAAACAACAGCAACAAUCGUCAGUAAAGUUUAAAGAGCCAACACCGACAAGUGACGAACAAAAUGAUGAUGAAGAAAAUGAUGAACAAGAAGAAAGUGAGCUUGAUCAUGAUCCUGUAAAAACCGCAUCGGAAUCACAUAUAAUACAGAACUCUUCAACAGCGGCUAGAAAACGUCAUAAAAAGAAAGCUGGCGGCGGCGAUGGAAUCUUGAUUAAUAAAAAUGAAGCAAGUCCAAUAAAUACAAAAGGUGUUCAACAGCAGGAAGCAAUCAAAACAAAUUCAGCUCCAAAAGAUGAAAUCGAAUUAGCACAUGCAAAUCUAUCACAUACUGCUUUGAAAACUAAAACGAAACCACAGGCGACUGUCGCUCCAACAACGACAACUAAACAAACAGUGCCGUUACAAACAUCGGCUGUUGAAAACAACAAACAACCAUUUGCUCCAUCGCAAGAAGCGAAGCAAGAUAAAGGAAAGAAAAGUCAAAAAGAUCAGUCCCAAAAGCAACAAUUAUUGUCAUCAUCAAAUCAAAAUGUGGGUCUCGUUUAUCAACAGCAAGCUGGAUCAAAUCAAAAUAAAUCCGCUACACCACCAGCCGUACAAAGUUUAAAAAACAUUUCAGCUUCACCUUCUCAACAACAGCAAUCCAAAGACUUUGUUGAACAAAUAGGAGCACGUUUGCCUCGAUCUCAGCAACAAGUGCAUCCGAUAGUACAAGAACAAGCACUAAAAUCUCAGACUGAUGAACGGCAAGUACCACAUACAUCAACACAAGUAAAUCGUUCUAAUCAACAAUCCUUACCACCCGUUAAUUCACCUCUAAUGAAUAACACAAAUAAAGUAGCACCAACAGCGAAUCGUCCAAUGAAAAUGGUUGAUUUCGUUAAAGCUCUGCCUACAUCUCAAGCAGUUGUUACAGAGUUAAUGUCAGUACUUGACACAACACCAUUAUCAAAUGAAGAAUUGCACAUUAUUAUGUAUAGAAUAGCAACCAAACAAGUUGUCAAAUCAGAAUGGGAUAAACUUCAACAUGGACAAAAGGUCUUCGAUCCCAAAGCUCAUAUUGGACAAAUUAUGGAUGAAGUAAAGAAAUCCCAUCAACCUGGAGUUGGUUCAGAAGAAAUGAGAAACAAUCAACAACCAAUGUUAAAUAUGAAAGAUUUGACCAUCGAAUUAAAUUUAGAAAAGAAGAAGACAAAUGAUUUAAUUAAACAAUUGAAUGACAAAGAAACAGAAAAACAACUGUUAUUGCAACAAUUUGAGGCAAAACAUAAACAAGAAAUACAACAAAUGCAACAACCACAAUCAACCCCUCUUCAACAACAACAAUUCAUAAAAUUGCAACGGCUCACUGAAGAAAAUGAACAAUUACAUCAUCAACUUCGAACAAGUCAAAUACAUCAGCAGCAAACGUCACCAGCGCUUCCAUCCCAAUUGAACGAUUUUAAGCAACAAAUCCAAGUGUUAAGUGCUCAAAGUCAACAAUUAGCGAUUAAAAAUGGAACUUUAGAAAAACACAUAACAGCUGAACUAAAAAAAAAGGAUGACUUACAAAAGCAAAAUCAAGAUUUAACCAAGUCCAUUCAAGAUCAUCAUUCACAAAUACAAACACAACAGCAGAAAGUUGAUCAAGUAUUGAAUGAAUUGAAUCAAUGUAAAACACGUUUGAGUGAAUUGGAAAAUGAAAAUAAAACAUUAAAACAGCAGGAUAUUGUGCUUGUUAAUCAUGAUGGUGAAAAUGAAACGGUAUUGAAACAACAAUUAGAACAAUUGAAUGAACAAUACGAUAAACAACGACAAGAGAUUGAACAUUUGAAACAAUUACACGAAAAUAAACAACAAAUGAUUAAUCAAUUUGAAGAACAAUUGAAACAACAAGAUCAGAUAAAAAAUGAUGAACAACGAAUGAAACAAGAAAUAAUGGAAAAGCAAGAGGAGUUACAGCAGAUGAAACAACGAGAAGGCGAACAGCAACGAUUGAUUAAUCAACUAGAAGAACAAUUAAAACAAAGUGAGAGCAAACCAGAACAACUGAAUGAGGAAAAACAAACGUUAUUAAAUGAAUUAGAAAAUAACAGACAAAUAAUUGAACAUUUGAAAGUGCAAUUAAACAUCAAAGAGAAUGAAGUAAAUACAUUGAGUCAAGAAAACCAUCAUCUACAACAGAAAGAGAAUGAAUUACAAAAAUUACGUGAUGAAUAUGAGAAUGCACGACGUCAAUCAGAAGAAUCAAAUGCAAAUGAAUUAAACGAAAAAACUAGACAAAUUGAAGAAUUACGCAGUGCUCUGGAGGAAGCAAAAACAAGAAAUGAAAAAAGUGAAAAUGAACGCAGUGAGUUCGAAAUUAAUCUUCGUCGUACAGUUGAAAAUGAUGAAGAAAAUUAUCGUCAGUCAUUAACUAAUUUAUUACGAAGUUAUGGCGUGAAUGAUGAUGACAAUAUUUUACAAAUUUCAAAUCAAAACAAGCAGUCGAUCGAAAGUGAAAAUAAUACAAAACGAGAGAAUGAGCAAUUACGUUUGAAUAAUGCUGAAAUUGAAACACAAUUGAAAGAAAUUGAACGAACUCUCCAGAUGAAAGAAGAGUCACUAGUUAAUGAAUUAAAAUCUAAAGAGUCAACGAUUGCCAGUAUUAUGAAAGAAAAAGAAGACUUAGUAUUGGAUGUUGAUCGUUUGAAAAAAGAAAUUGAUGAGUUGAAUUUAGAAUUAGUUGAACAAUCUACAUUAGUCACUACAACUCGUCAACAAUUAGAAGAACGUGAUAAGGAAACUAUUGAGUUAGACAAAAUAAAUCAAUCAUUACAAAAUGAACGUAUACGAUUGACGAAUCUAAUUCGUCUUGGCCAAGAUGCUCUGAAUGAUGAGCAAGAUCUUGUGCAACAGCUUGGCCAGAGUUUGGGAUUUCAGGACACAAAUCAGAUCAAGGCUUCUGCAUCUUCCACUCAAAGUGUAUUAUCGGCAUUAAUUAUGGAUCACAUUAAAAUGGAUAAUAGAACAACAAACUUAUCAUCUGAUUCUAAACCAAGUAUUGGUGCCACAACAAAAACGCAUGAUCUCUCAUCAACUAAACACGACAAAUCAGUGGGUGAUACAACAAAUGAGCCUCCAAGUGUUGGGGGUGUUAAACCGCGAACAGCUCCCACCACGGACGAUAUAUCUGUAAAUCAUGAAGCAUCUUUAUCAAAAGAAGAUAAACCUGAGACUGCGAAUUAUGCAGAAGAUUGGAAAGAUCAUGAAGUAACAAGUGAUAGAGGUACAAAUAAUUAA